GCACGAAAAUGCCAGUUAGAUCAACAUCUUGCAAGAGAAACUGGUGAGAAGCCCUACAUGUGUGGGGAGUGUGGGUACAGGACAGCUUACAGGUCUCACUUAUCCCGGCAUAUAAAAACUCAUACAGGAGAAAAACCUCACAAGUGUGACCAGUGUGACUAUUCUUCAUCCCGGAAAUCUAAUUUAGACCGACAUCUAGCAAGCCACACCGGUGAGAAGCCCUACAUGUGUGGGGAGUGUGGGUACAGGACAGUUGCAAGAUCAGAGUUAUCCCGACAUAUGAGAACUCACACUGGUGAGAAGCCCUACAUGUGUGGGGAGUGUGGGUACAGGACAGUUGCAAGAUCAGAGUUAUCCCGACAUAUAAAAACUCAUACAGUUGAAAAACCUCACAAGUGUGACCAGUGUGACUAUUCUGCAGCACGAAAAUGCCAGUUAGAUCAACAUCUUGCAAGACACACUGGUGAGAAGCCCUACAUGUGUGGGGAGUGUGGGUACAGGACAGUUGCAACAUCAGAGUUAUCCCGACAUAUAAAAACUCAUACAGGAGAAAAACCUCACAAGUGUGACCAGUGUGACUAUUCUUCAUCCCGGAAAUUUAAUUUAGACCGACAUCUAGCAAGCCACAACGGUGAGAAACCCUACAUGUGUGUUGAGUGUGGAAAUGAAGCAGUUGCGGAAGCAGACCGAACUGUAGAGCAAAUCGUCGCAGCAUUUGAGACAUACUGCAAUCCUAAGAAGAACGAGACAGUACAAAGAUACAAAUUCUUCACGAGAUCACAGAGCAAUGGUGAAACUUUUGAUGAAUACAUCACAGACCUGAAGACACUCGCGGCAGAGUGUGGGUUUGGUGAGAUUAGAGAGUCUCUGAUUCGAGACAGAAUACUCAUCGGCAUUUUGGACGGAAAGGUUCGCGAACGACUCCUGAGGGAGAGCAACCUAAGCCUUGAGAAAUGCGCAGAGAUCUGCCGAGCCGCAGAAGUCUCCAAGCAGAGCAUCCAGACGAUGGAACAGGUCACAGUGCACGUGGUAAAGAAGAAGCCACAAGCUCCGCAGGCCAGUAGGACAUCAGUUUGCAAAUACUGCGCCAAGAGACACGCAGCCAACAAGGAAGCAUGUCCUGCAUAUGGAAAGGAAUGCGCCUCCUGCGGUAAGCGAAACCACUUCGCGAGAGCAUGCCGGAGUGGUGAGACGAAGCAGCCUAGAAGCGGCAGAAACCAGGCACAAGGUAGAAAGAAGCCCUUGGUGCACAUGCUGCAAGAAGAAGCAGUGAUGACAGUCACAGAAGAAGAGAAGACGUACAGCAUGUCAGGUCCCAGGUAUGCAAAGCAGGUGCAUGCCAGGAUGGCCCUCGAGGGACACCUGGUCACCUUUCAGCUAGACCUUGGCGCGACCUGUAAUGUAAUGCCAAAACACAUCUUGGACAGCAACAACAUCCAGUAUAAGACAACUGGAGCGCAGAGGGUGCUGACGAUGUAUAACAACUCACAAAUUGUGUCAGAGGGAGAGACAAAUCUCAAGAUGACAAACCCCAAGACUGGGCGGAGGUACGUGGUGAACUUUGUAGUCAUUGACUCUGGUAGUAUGCCAUUGUUAGGAUCAAAUGCCAUACAGCAGAUAGGGGUUGUGACGGUUCACUACGACAGAAUCCUGGCACUCAGUGGCAGCAAGCCCAGGCUCAUACAGAGUACACACAGCAAGGCAUUGACAAAAGAAAGCCUGUUAGAGAUGUACCCAGACGUCUUCUCUGGUUUGGGAAGACUGCCAGGAAAAUGCCAUCUUGAAGUUGAUGAGUCAGUCAAGCCAGUUGUGCAUCCGCCAAGAAGAGUGCCGGUGGCGAUGAAGGCACAACUACAGAAGGAACUGGACAAGAUGACGGAAGAUGGUGUCAUAGAGCCAGUGACAGUGCCAACCCCAUGGGUAUCCAGUCUGGUCACUGUACUGAAGCCAACAGGAAAGUUGAGGAUCUGCAUUGAUCCAAGAGAUUUGAACACCGCAUUGAAGAGAAGCCAUUACCCUGCACCAACAAUAGAAGACAUCCUUCCCGAGCUGAAGAAGGCAAAGGUAUUCAGCGUACUUGAUGCCAAGAGUGGCUAUUGGCAGGUAGUGUUGGACGAAGAAUCCUCGCUUCUAACGACGUUCAACACUCCCAGCGGGAGAUACAACUGGAAGCGCCUUCCCUUUGGGAUUAAAUCGUCCCCAGAGGAAUUCCAGAGAAGACUUGACCAAGCAUUGGAAGGGCUCGAGGGAAUAAAGCCCAUCGUAGACGACAUCUUGGUGUGGGGAGAAGGAGAAACAAUGGCAGAAGCCAUCUCACAUCAUGAUGCAAAUCUCAAGCGCCUCAUGCAAAGAUGCAGAGAGAGAGGUUUGAAGCUGAACGCAGAGAAGGUCAAGCUCAGACAACAAGAAGUACCAUUUCAUGGUCAUCUGAUCACCAGCCAAGGGCUGAAAGUGGACCCUAGCAAGGUAACUGCGGUGAUGAAGAUGCCAAGACCUGAAGAUGCACAAGGAGUGCAGAGGCUGAUAGGAUUUGUCACCUACCUAGCCAAGUUCCUGCCCCAGCUGAGCGACAUCUGUGAACCCUUGAGGAAGCUCAUCGCCAAAGAAAACGAGUUUGAGUGGACCGAGACGCAUGAGAGUAUCCUAGAGACACUCAAGAAGAUGGUCUCUGCUGCUCCAGUGUUGCGAUACUAUGAUCCGGAAGAAGAGCUGACGCUGCAGACAGAUGCGUCAAGCACUGGAUUAGGAGCAGCCAUCACUCAAGAUGGACAACCAGUGGCCUACGCCAGCCGAGCGUUGACGGACACUGAGACGAGGUAUGCACAGAUAGAGAAGGAGAUGCUCAGUGUGGUUUUCGGUCUGGAACGAUUCCAUCAGUACACCUAUGGAAGACAAGUACGUGUCCAGACAGACCACAAGCCACUUGAAAUGAUCGUACUGAAACCCCUUCAUGCAGCACCGAAGAGACUGCAGCGAAUGCUGAUGCGGUUGCAGCAGUACGACGUCAAGAUAACGUACAAACCAGGAAAAGAGAUGUUCCUGGCGGACACUCUCAGCCGUGCGUACCUGCCACUAGAAGGAAGCAGAAGCACAACAGAGAAGGAGGCUGAGCAGGUCAAUAUGAUAAGCCAAUUCAUCUCCACGCCUACUAGAGAUGACAUACGGGAAAGCACGAUUGCAGACCCCGAGAUGACGACACUGAUGACAUACAUCAGAGAGGGCUUCCCAGAGAAGGAGGAAGUGCCACCAAACCUGAUGCCGUACUACCAUGUGCGUGAUGAACUCAGCACACAAGAUGGAAUAGUGUUGAGGGGAGAUCGUGCAACGAUACCAAAGUCCCUGAGGAAACGGAUGCUCACGAGAAUCCAUCAGUCACACAUGGGAACUGAAGGGUGCCUGAGAUUCGCAAAGGAUUGUGUAUAUUGGCCCGGGAUGAACGCAGAGGUAAAGGACUUAGUGUCAAGGUGUGACGUGUGCCAAUCAGUCGGGAACAGGCAACAAAAGGAAAGCCUGAUUCCACACCCCGUCACACAACGACCAUGGGAAAAGGUAGGAGUCGACCUUUUCACACUACAUAACAGAGAAUACCUCAUCACAGUUGACUACUACUCAAACUUCUGUGAGAUAGACACCUGCGAAGCGGACACACGGUCCACCACCAUCAUCAGAAAGUUGAAGAUGCAGUUUGCCAGACACGGCAUUCCCGACGUAGUGAUGACAGACAACGGACCACAGUUUGCGUCCUCAGAGUUUGAGAAGUUUGCCCGUGAGUGGAACUUCAAGCACCAAACGUCAUCAGCAGGAUACCCCCAGAGCAAUGGGAAGGUGGGGAACGCAGUUAAGACGACCAAACGACUCCUGGAGAAAGCAAGACUAGCACAGAGCGACCCGUAUCUAGCGUUGCUAGACUUCAGAAACACACCAUCGCAAGAGAUCGGAAGUAGUCCGGCUCAACGACUCUUCAACAGGAGGACGAAAACUACCAUGCCGAUAAAGACAAACCUCCUCCAACCGAGAGUUCAGAGCGACAUUCCGAGUAAACUCCAAGAAGCAAAGAAGAGACAGCGCAAGUACUACGACAGACAAGCUAGAGACUUGCCCGAUCUCAAGGCUGGCGACAUAGUAAGAUGCCAACCAAUGACCCCAACCGCUAAACAGUGGAAGAAGGCAACAGUGGUAGCGGAGGUUGGGAAGCGAUCAUAUGAGAUAAGAACAGAAGACGGAGGCAGCUACCGCAGAAACAGGAGGCACCUACGUAAAACAAACGAGGAAGCCCCAGACAUGACCGCCGUGGAGGAAGAAAACAACCCUCCAUGUCCAGCACCGACAACACCAGCAGCUGAUACAACAGUGCCAGUGGAACACGCAGCUGCACACGGACAGCCGAUGACAACGAGGUCCGGCCGAGUUGUGCAACCACCAGCACACCUGAAGGAUUACGUGCGCGCCUGA